AUGUCGGACAAUAGGCCUUCGACGAACGCAAGGCCGAGUUCGAAUGUGAACCAAAACGGCAAGCGACGAAACGAGGAGGGCCAAGAUGACUUACCACAACCCUACAACGCCAGCUCUCUGCAGCCCGUGAAGCGACGAGCCGUCUCGCCAUCCGAGCAGCCUCGCAAGCAGAAGCGACCCGGCGCGCGCGCCCGAAUCUCCGAAUCCCAGCGCGAAGCCAUCCAGCGACGCCAGGUCGAGCGAGACCGCGAGAGCGCCUCCGCCUACGAGGAGCAGAACAACUCGCGUGGGAACCACGACGUCGUCCGGCAGCACUACAACAGCGUCCCCGAGCGCGGCCGCGAGUGGCGCACGAGGGACAGCAAGAUCAAGGGCCUGCGCGUCUUCAACAACUGGAUCAAGAGCUGCAUCAUCCAGCGGUACUCCCCCGACGAGGACCACGCGCCCGGCUCGCGCGAGGCGGGCCGCUCCAGCGGCAAGGAGCUGCUCGUGCUGGACAUGGGGUGCGGCAAGGGCGGCGACCUGAACAAGUGGCAGUCCGCGCCGCAGCCCGUCCAGCUCUACGUCGGCCUCGACCCGGCGGACGUGAGCAUCACCCAGGCGAGGGACCGGUACAGGAAUCUGAGCUCGCGCGGCGGGAGGGGAGGCCACAAUCGACGACCCCAGCCUCGUCUUUUCGAUGGCCGCUUCUACGUCAAGGAUUGCUUCGGCGAGACCAUUGAGAGCCUCGAGAUCAUCCAGCAGGUCGGCUUCGACCCGUCCCCCAUGAACCGGCGCGGCUUCGACGUCGUCAGCAUGAUGUUCUCUAUGCACUACGCCUUCGAGUCGGAGACGAACGCGCGCAACAUGCUCCGCAACGUCGCCGGCGCGCUCAAGAAGGGCGGCCGCUUCAUCGGCUGCAUCCCCAACUCGGACGUCCUGGGCGAGCACGUCCGGAAGUGGAACGAGGAGCACGCCGCCAAGAAGAAGGCGGCCGAGGAAGCGAAGCUCAAUGGAUCAGGCGCCGACGAAGAGCCCGCCGAGGAGAAGGAGGAGGGUGAAGCCGAGGACGACGAGCCUCCCGCCGACCCCGGCGCGGAAUGGGGCAACUCCAUCUACCGUGUCCGCUUCCCAGGCAAGACCCCCGAGGAUGGCGUAUUCCGCCCGGCCUUUGGCUGGAAGUACAACUUCUUCCUGGACGAGGCCGUCGAGGAGGUCCCGGAGUACGUCGUCCCCUGGGAGGCCUUCCGCGCCCUGGCGGAGGAUUUCAACCUCGAGCUGCAGUUCCACCGCCCCUUCCUCGACAUCUGGGAGGCCGAGAAGGACGACCGCGAGCUGGGCCCCCUGAGCGAGAGGAUGGGUGUCCGGGAGAGGGGAGGGGGCUCGCUCCUCAUCUCGGAGGAGGAGAAGGAGGCCGCAAGCUUCUAUCUGGGCUUCUGCUUCUACAAGGUGUAG